AUGUCUGAGGAAGGUGUUGGGAAGCGGAAACCUCCACCGCCACCGGGAGAGAAACCGCAGCUUGUUCAGAAUGACUCGCGAUCCCAAGUUGCCGUUCGCAACUACGAGAAGCCCAGCGAGAGUGAGAAGACGACAGGUUUAGACAAGCCCAGUGACGAGAAUUUGAUAGAUGGCAGCAAUACCUCGGAUGAGAACGCUGAACAUUACAAAGCUGACGAUUUCAGAUGGGACAGCUAUGGAGCUUAUCUCGGCGGCAAGGCGUUUCUUGACUUCUACACCCGGCUCGUGAAGAACAGGUGGGAGUGGUUUCGCCAGGCUAUGACGUAUACGAGCCGGAGAGCGAGCAACGAGUAUGGAGAGUGA